AUGCCUCCAAAAGCCUCACAACACUUUCUCGGGCUCCAGCUGUCUGCAGACGCUCUUCGUGCUGCCAUUGUUGACGAACAGCUCGAACUCGUUGGAUCUGAGCACAUCGACUUUACCACAGAAUUCCCUGAACAUCAAAACCGUACAGGCUCUCAUGCAACUAAUGGCGACGCGUCCAUGUCCUCGGUCGAACUUUGGCUCAAAGCUCUAGACAUGCUGUUCGAGCGUUUACAAAAGAACUAUGAUCUAACCAAGAUAAAGGCAGUUUCCGGAGCGGCGCUGUCCAGUCCAGUUUGGCUUACUGCCGACUUUGCAUCUAUUCUACAAUCUCUCGAUGAUAAAAGCUCCCUACGAGAGCAGAUCUUCCCAAAGGGCGUAUCUGUCCAACAUAUACCAAGCAUCAAUGACAAUUCCGCCACACAAUUUGCUUCGUCACUUCAGACGACACUCGGCGGACCAGAGGCAAUGGCCAGCCUGGUCGGGGUUACCGCACACGCCUCGUUGUUGUCCGCCCAGAUGCUUUAUCUCCGCACCACAAACGCAAACGUAUGGGCGCAAACCUCGCGAGUUGUCCUCGCUAGUGGCUUCUUCUGCUCGAUCAUCACCGGAUCGAUUGUGCCUUUUGGUGAAUCAGAAGCGGCAUCGACUGGAUUGUAUUCUCUAUCAAAGGAACAAUGGGAGGAAUCAGUGCUGCAGGCUAUCGCCAACUCGGGAGAGACGGUUGAUCGGAUCAAGGAGAUGCUCGGAGUCGUCGCACGCAGCUCUGCAAAGCCCGUGGGAACCCUUUCUUCUUACUUCUCCUCGAAAUAUGGGCUCGAAGCGGGACUUCCUGUUUAUCCUUUUACCUCGGAGCAUCUCGCUUCGUAUCUUUCACUUGCACCAAGCUCAGCCGACUGUGUGGUCGAAUUUGGCACCACCGACAUCCUCCUUACUCCAACGACAAAAGUGGUUCAAUCACCUCAUUUUAUCACUGUUCCCCAUCCUGCGCAGGAUGUUGUUGCCGAAAAACAACGCAAGUACAUAUCCAUGCUAAUAGCACGGAAUGCAGAUGUACCUCGUGCUCUCGUACGAGAUGCGUACACCAAAAGCUGGAGUGCAUUCGACAGGCUUGUCGCCGUCGUCCCUCCCGGAGGCUCCAUUGGGUUGGACGACAAGCUGUUCAGUUUUUGGCUGCUUCAAGAGGAGCAGUUUCCCUUUUCACAUAUCAAGGGUGUCUACCGGUUUGAAACGGGUGUCAAGGCUGCAGAGUUCCGAGACCUUCGCGCCAAUCCAAGGUGCUUGCUGGAGAGCCAGAUUCUUUCUUUCCGAGUCCGUCUAGCUCAUCUCAACACAAACGGGGUCUUCCUACCGAGCCGCACACUGAAGCAGCCUCGAAAUAGUCAAGUCGUCGAUGGCAUUGGGGUCAAGUUUGACCCAUACGACACCACCAACCUUCCAAAGCGCAUCCUCGCUACUGGAUCUGCUUGUACAUUCCCAUCGGUCGUGAGCCUCUUGGGAGACGUCUUUAAUGCUCCAGUUCUGAUUCCCAACUCUUUGGUGGAACAAGCGAAUGAUACAAUCCCCAAGCUCCCUUCAGCUGCUCGGCCAGCGCUAGGCGCGGCAUAUGUUGCACGGUGGGGAUGGCGCAAGAAGACACGACCGGAUGAAAAGCACCCAGGGUUUGAAGACGAAGUUAGGUGGCUUAUGACGAGAAAAUUGACCGUGGCUGGAAAUGGCCCAGCCACAGGUGGAAACCGAUCCCGAAGUGUGUCAGCACCAGGGUCGCAGCCUGUACCCGGAUCGCUCAAGCCUCUUCACGCAAAAUCUGGCUUGGCGACCAGCUCGUUUGCGGAGGAAGAAGAGGACGAAGAGGGCUAUGAAGCGUCGUUUGGCCAGUAUUCGGGUGCCGUCACGCCUCCGCGAACUCUGAAGAACAUCCCCACUCCUACCGUCUCGUCGGUUGGGACUCCCUCUCUCAGCUCCCUUUCCGGGUCUUCUUCCACUCCCACCCCCAAUAUCGCGCUAGAGGUUGGGCUAGAGAGUGCCCCCGGCUCUGGUCAUCCGCCACUCGCCCCGAUCCAAGCUCUUCCGACAGACGACGCAGAUGUGCAGUUGGGUCUGGUCAAGGUGGCGGAAGCAGAUCAUGAUACAUUCCUGACCUAUGCAGCGAUUGUCCCCGAGUUUUGCAGGUUGGAGCGGAUGAUUGUCAAGGGCAUAGUAUAA